CGGUGGAGGUGGACGAGGGCGAUUCGGGCGCGAGACCCCUGGUGAUCUCGAGGGUGAGUCCCGGACCUGCAGGAAGGAGGGGAAGGGCCUCUGGCAGGCGAUCCAGCUCUUCAGGUGGUCAUAGGUGUCAUGUUAUUAAAGCGUCGUGAAAACGUCGUUUUCACGACGUUUACACGAUAAAACGCCAUAAGAUUGUGAAACGCUCGAACGUUUUGACAAAAUCACAUAAAACGACGUUUUAUGGCGUUUAAACGUUCGUUUUAUUCGUUUUGGCAUUUUACCUCGUGAAAUUCGUUUAAACGCCACUGCAUGGACGUUUUAGGUGCCCAUCAGCCCCUCCUUUGUAUGGAGCAGCACUAUAUUUGAACCCAGGAAAAUUCUACAAGAUGAAACAGAGUGAUGAUGAUGGCUAUGUUGGAGAGCUAAGGGGUUGCUUCAAUGAUGUGCUUGUUAAAAUGGUGACAGAUGAGGACCUUAGAGACAAAAUUGAUGGUCAGGCUGUCCUUUAUGAGAACCAAAGAGAAUCAUUUGCAAACCCAAUGGCUAUAAGGAACGCUCAAACAAGAAGUCCAAUUGACUGGUGGCUUGCAUAUGGUGGUAGAACCAUUGAGCUCUAUAAGUUUGCAAGACAGAUUGUUAGUCUUUGUGCUUCAUCAUACGGUUGUGAGCGAAAUUGGAGCACAUUUGAAUUUAUGCAUACCAAGAAAAGGAACAGGCUAGAGCAUGAGAGAUUGAAUAAUUUGGUGUAUGUUUCAUACAAUAGAAAGAUGGCCGCUAGGUUCCAAAAAAUGCGUGAAGAAGGAAAGAACUUUGAUCCUUUAGUUCUUGAAGAUUUUGAUUGGGACAAUGAGUGGGUUGAUCCAUUUGCUAAUUCAGCACCUAUUGGGGGUGAUCCUCUUUUCACAUGGGACCAUGUUGAUCAAGCCGCUGGUGCAUCUACACAACUUCAAGGACGUAAUUUUCCUAGGCGAGCUCAUGGUAGUCAUGUGUCAAGAAUUGUUCAAGAUGAAGAUGAAGAUGACGCUGAUGUGGGUGAAGAAAAUGAGAAUGAUGAUGAUUUUGUGCUUGAUGACCUUGAUAUGGAUGACGAUGAAGCAACAAACAAUGGUGGCAAUGGUGAAGAGGAAAGGAAUGAUGAUAUCGGUCUUGAUGAACUAGAUGAUGGUUUUUGAGACAUCAUAGAUGGGAGAUUGAAUAAUGCUUGUGUGCUUAUUAUUGUGCUUGUGGUUGUGGAUUUGAUUUGCUUGCUUAUGCACUUGUGCUUGUGGA